CUUAAAUUGACGUGUGUUUGACACUUAAUUAAAGAAAAUAAAAUGGCUGCUGUUGUAUUUACUGGAUCAAAAUUAUUAAGGCAACAAUCGGGAAUCAUAGGCAUUGCGUAUGUGCGAUCAAAUAACUAUAGUUCUGAAGAAAAUGUUUAUAAUUUGGCUACAUUAAAAAGAGGAACAGGGGGUCGUUCCAGCUUCAAUGGUAUUGUAGCGACAGUAUUUGGUGCUACUGGAUUUAUCGGUCGAUAUGUUUGCAACCGAUUAGGAAAAAUAGGAACUCAAUUAAUUAUUCCUUAUAGAGGUGAUAGUUAUGAACCUAUGAGGUUGAAAUUGGUUGGUGACCUGGGUCAAGUAUAUUUCCACCAUUACCAUUUGAAAGAUGAGGAAUCGAUAGCAAAAUCCAUUAAAUAUUCUAAUGUGGUAGUAAAUUUAGUCGGGAGGGACUGGGAAACCAAAAACUUCAAAUUUGAUGAUGUUCACGUAGAGGGAGCAAGACGAUUGGCUAGAGCAGCCAAAAAGGCUGGUGUAGAGCGUUUUAUCCACUUAUCAGCUCUAAAUGCUUCUGAGACUCCUGAAGAGGUUAUUAUUAAAGGGGGGUCAAAAUUUUUAGCCAGUAAAGCUAGAGGAGAACAAGCGGUUCUGGAAGAAUUUCCAGAAGCUACUAUAAUCAGACCAGCUGAUGUCUAUGGGCAAGAAGAUAGAUUUGUGAGAUAUUAUGCUCACUCUUGGAGGAGGCAAGGCCAGUAUUUUCCUCUUUGGUAUAAAGGAGAACGGACAAUUAAGCAACCUGUUUAUGUCGGAGACGUAGCUGGAGGUAUCGUGGCUGCUAUAAAAGAUCCCGACACAGCUGGGAAAAUAUACCAAGCAGUUGGUCCCAAAAGGUACCAGCUCUCCGAGUUAGUAGACUACUUCUUCAGAGUGAUGCGGAAGCACGAAGAGUGGGGCUAUACGCGUUACGACAUGCGUUGGGACCCUCUUUUCCAGCUUAAAGUCACUUUAACCGAUAAACUGUCCAUCAACUGGCCCAUUGGUAAUUUACAUUGGGAGAAAAUCGAAAGGGAACACUUGACGGAUUGCGUCGUCCCAGACAUUCCUACCUUGGAAGACCUGGGUAUCACCCUAACGACGGUAGAAGAACAAAUUCCGUGGGAGUUGAAACCUUGGAUUUAUGGAAUUUACCAGGGACGGGAUGCCGACGAGCCCGCAACGUCAACCGAACCCCCCAAGGUGGCCGUUUCUUAAAACGAUUUUAAGUUUUGUUUGUUUUAUUUAUUUACACCAAUAAAAACAUUAAGUACAGAGAAUAUGUAAUACUAUAUAAAAAGAUAGAUAAAUUGUACUUCCUGUGUUGUACGUAACUAAAGAAAUAUAUGUUAAAUAUUA